AAUCUCCUUACCUAAUAUCCACACCAUCAUAUACGAUACUACAUUUAGACCCCGAUACUUUCCAAUGAUUGGUUGUCUCUGACUCCAUUUUGAAACUUAUUAAGAGAGGGGUUGAAUCGUAGCUUCCGAAUUCUAGUCAAAAAUUUUCAUUCACGGUUGACACUUCUCCCAUUCAAGUUUUGUAAAAUUGAAUUUUAUAUAUUCCGGAAUUUAGUUCAACGCACAUGGCUCAAUCAUUAAUUAACGUUAUCAAAAUUUACUUGCCAAUAAUAAUCAGUGGCAAUGUGCUCAUAUCAGCUUGUUCGUCUAAGAGUGUUUCAAAUCCUCCGCCAGCUCGUAUACAUCUUAUUGAUCCCGAUCAUCCUGUAUCCGACGUAAUUCGUCUUCACAAUGCUAUUACCGAUAAUGAUAGAAGUGAAAUAGUCGAUCUUUUUAUUAAUAAACACCUGGGCAAUCGAAAACGUUUGCUGAAAGACUAUUUAAAUGCAUAUGCAAUUAACUUGACGGAUCAUUGCCGAUCAAAGUUAUCCGGAGAUUUUGGAUAUCUCAUAGAAUCUUUGGCAAAACCACCGCAACUAUUUAUUGUCAAUGAACUUUAUGACGUUUUUUUUGAUUUAUUAGGUCGCCAUUAUAAUACUCUUGUCGAAAUUUUCGGGUAUCAUGACCUUGAGAGUAUUAAAAGAGCUUACCGAUUAACCUAUGGAGUUGAGAUGAUAGAACAUUUUAAAAAUUUACCUUUUUUUAUACGAGAACGUUUUGAAGACAUAAUUGACGAAACUAGCUAUGGGACUCAUCAUACAAUCGAUGGCGAAUUAAGGGCUAGCCAGCCUGAAUAUUUUAGUGACAUGUUGGUAGAAUCGGCGAGAGAACCGAAUAUACGUCGUUUUACCCGCAUAAUUGUAUUGAGUUUGAACGAUGACAUACUUGAUGAACUCAAAACGUCUUAUAGGGUUAUUUAUAAAGAGCCCCUUGAGAAUUUAGUAGAACAAUGUCCCGACAAAGAUUACAGCAAAGCAGUUUUGGCUAUUCUUAAAUUCCCUGGGGUUUACGGAAACAAUAUGCUGCGUUCAAAUUAAAAAAAUUUCAACAAAUUAGUCAAUUUAACGAUAAUUUACUGCGCAGAAUUGAAUUUUAUAUUUUAAUUAAUAAUUAUGAGACUUUUAGGAUAAAUUAAACUUUCAAUUUAACAAAUCGACUGUAACUUCUUUUGAAUACUCUCUUAUCAUUAAUUAGUGAAAAUUUCAUUAAUUACGUUAGUGAAGCUAUAUUCACUUCAUAAUCAGUGGAUUUAAAUAACAAAUUAGUGAAUUCUCACUAAUAAAUUUAGUGAUUUUCACUAUUGAACUAGCGAUAUUUUCAUGAUUUCCAGAAGCUAAAUUGUUAUUCACUUCUUAAUUUGUGAAUUUCACAAUUUCACUAGUAACUUUAACUAGCAAAUAAUUAAAUAUUUUACUAGAUAUAAAUAUAAUUUAUAAUUAUGGUGCUAUUUUUUAAAAUUUUAAUAAUAAACUUUGAAAAUAAAAAAAAUAGAAGUAGAGAACAAUAAUAUAUUUAUAUGAAGAGUACGUCAAUCAUAACAUCACGGAUUAUUUCUUCAUCAGUUAUUGUUUGGUAUCAUAACGAAUAUUCUAUUUACACUCACGCAAUCACAUGCGUAGGUCAGCGCAGUGGAUAGCAUCAAAGACUUUGAAUCGGAAGGAUGUAGGUUCGAGCCCAGCAGCCACCGGUAUUUUUUCAUCAAUGAAAAUCAUGUUAUACUUCCUCUAAGUAACGAUUCUAAUACAUUGAUCACAUUUCGGAUCUAAUUGCAAGUGUUUUACAUUUUUUUUUCGCAAUAUAAUAUUUUUUUUUCACCGAUGAAAUCAAUGGAUUCCCAUAUUCACUUUUCAAUUUAGUGGAUUCUCAUAUUCACUUAUCAAAUCAGUGAAUUCUAAUAUUCACAUAUUCAUUUAGUGAAUAGUCACUAAUUCUGCGUAGUACGAUUGUCACAUCGACAAAAAGUGAAUAUUCACUUAGAAUUAGUGAAAAAUCAC